AUGUCCGACCGAACCCGCAACAGUACGCUCAAAGCCAGCUUCUCGGAUCGAGCAAGCAAGGUUUCGCACCCUCUGACGAAUUAUCUCCUCCGUCUCAUGGACUUGAAGAAGUCCAACUUAUGCCUCAGCGCCGACGUUACAUCAGCCCGCGAGUUGAUUCACCUCGCCGACAAGGUCGGACCCUCCAUCGUUGUGCUCAAGACACAUUAUGAUCUAGUUGCUGGCUGGGACUUCAAUCCCCAGACGGGCACCGGUGCCAAGCUCGCUGCUCUGGCGCGAAAGCAUGGCUUCCUCAUAUUCGAAGACCGCAAGUUUGGCGACAUUGGCAGCACAGUUCAGAUGCAAUACACGGCUGGGUCGGCCCGAAUCAUUGAUUGGGCACACAUAGUCAACGUGAACAUGGUACCAGGCAAGGCGGCGGUGAGCGCGUUGGCAGAGGCUGCGGCCAAGUGGAGAUCGCGGGUCAACUAUGAAGUCAAGACGUCUGUCACGGUGGGUACGCCCGUGGCCGAUGCGUUUGAGGACAAUGACAACAGCAUCUCUGAAGAUGAGGACAAACUCGCGCCUCUCGAGACGAAUGGCACUCAGGCACCACACCACAGAGAUGCCGACGGCAGGAAAGGGAGCAUUGUAUCCAUCACCACAGUUACACAAUCGUUCGAGCCGGUUGACUCACCGCGCUUUGCCACCACCACGGAAGAAGGAGACGAGCUCGUGUACGCUGGCAUCGAGGAGCCCCCUUAUGACCGAGGACUCUUGAUCCUGGCACAAAUGUCGAGCAAGGGCAACUUCAUGGAUGCCAGGUACACCCAAGCAUGUGUCGAGGCGGCCAGAGAACACAAGGACUUCGUCAUGGGGUUCAUUUCGCAAGAAAGUCUGAACAGUGAACCUGCUGACGACUUCAUUCACAUGACGCCCGGCUGCCAACUACCUCCUGAGGGCGAGGAGGAGAACGGCGUGGUGGAAGGCGAUGGGCUUGGUCAACAAUACAACACCCCAUCGAAACUGGUACAAAUCUGCGGCACCGACAUCAUCAUCGUGGGCCGGGGUAUCAUCAAGGCGGGAGAUCCGCCAAACGAAGCCGAGCGAUACAGACGGAAAGCUUGGCAGGCAUACCAGAGCCGGAUAGGAAGUAAAUAA